CACUGAGGAGGUGCUAGCAGCGCUAGCUUCUGCGUUUCCUCUUGUUUUAUCGUCGUCUGGUAAAGGACUCUGUCUCUGUGAGAUGAAUGUUUCUGAUUCUGCAGAAACAUCAGAGACAGAAAACCCUCUGCUGCAGAAAUAUUAAAAAACAUCGACUAGAGGCACCAGCUCAGACUGCUGGACAUCAGCUGCAGACCUUCUACAGAGCCAUGUCUGUAACCACCUGGGUGAUUCGAGACCAUCUUCUAAUCCCUGAGGAGAGGAACUCUAUUCUUGACUACCAGAUGUCAAACAUUACAGGAAUAGAAGAAGCACAGAAUAGAAUAGAAGAACCAGAACCACAGCAGAUGAAUGAGCCAAAAGACGAACCAGAAGCUCAACCAUUUGGACCAGAACAUGUUGAUCUGUGGAUCCUACAGGAUGAAAGACAGCUCCUAAUCAAGCAGGAGACCAAUGCCUCGAUGGGACCUGCUGCUUAUAGGGAAAUAUUUCAUAAUGGACCAGAACCGGAUCAGAUGACUGAGAUGAAGAAGGAAUUCGAAACGAAAGAGGAACAAGAAGUGCCUGCAAAGUUCAAAGAUGAAGAGGAGGAUCACUACAGAGAUCAGGAUGAAGAUCAGCUUGCAGUGAAGCAGGAGACCGACAGCGUUAUGGUGACACUUACUGAGGAAAAAAAAGACGACUGUGGGCCCGAACCAAACCCUAUCCGCAUCCUGACGGGGGAAUUCACUGAAGCUGAGAACCAGCAUCAACAGGGAGGCGACCAGAAAGGGUUGGGUUCAAGUAGAGAUGAAGAUCUUCAUCCACAGAUGACCAAUCAGCACUCCAGAGACAAAAGGCCUAAAGUGGACGAUUUCAAGGUCAAACAACCCAAAGCAGGUUCUGUUUCAUGUGAAAUAUGUGGUAAAUGUUUUAUGUCGCGUAACUAUUUGCCCGCUCACAUGAGAAUCCACACAGGUAACAAGCCUUAUUCUUGUGACGUGUGCGAUAAAUCUUUUAUAACCAGGACUAACCUGGUGCGCCACCUCAGGACUCACACUGGGGAGAAACCCUAUUCCUGUGACUUCUGCAACAAAUCAUUUCAACAAAGUCAAAAUUUGACCUAUCACCUUAAAACUCACACAGGCGAGAAACCUUAUUGCUGUGACUUGUGUGAUAAAGCUUUUAAAAGGAGGGCUAAUCUAGUUCUUCAUUACAGGAUUCACACCGGUGAAAAGCCUUAUCCUUGUGACUUGUGUGAUAAAUCAUUUACAGACUCCAGUAAUUUGGCUAGUCACAAGAAAACUCACAUAGAAAACAGGCCGUUUACCUGUCGGCUGUGCGGGAAAUCUUUUACACGAAGUCACGUUUUGAAUUGUCACCUUAAAACUCACGCAAAUGAGAGGCCUUAUCCUUGUGAUUUGUGCGAUAAAUCUUUUAGCAACAACAGCCAUUUGGCUAGUCACAGGAGAACGCACACAGGUGAAAAACCAUAUCCUUGUGACAUGUGUGAGAAGUUUUUUAGAAACAGCAGUAAUUUGGCUUGUCACAGAAAGACUCACACGAAUAAAAAAUAUCCGGCGGAAAUAAACAAUACCAUUCUGGUAGCGUCAACAUUUAGGGAGCGAUCAGUUUCUUCUAGAGAGGAAAAUGGUUUGUGUUGUGAUCUUCUGUUCAUAGUAAAUAUUGAAAUCGUCAGACUGCUGGCUAUCAGCUGGAAAUCCGGAUCAGACCAGAACCUGCAGGCCCUCAGCAGAAACAUGUCUGUCACCACCUGGGAGGUUCUCAGGGGCCAUCUUCUCAUACCUGAAGACAGGAACUCCAUUCCUGACCGGAAUAUACCAGGAGCUACAGGACUAAAAGAACAGGAGGAACCAGAACCACAGCAUACGACUUUGCUAAAAGAGGAACCAGAACCUCGACCAGCUGGACCAGAAUAUGUUGAUCUGUGGGUCCUUCAAGAUGAAGGCCAGCUUCUAAUGAAGCAGAAUGGGCUAGUUCACCGGGAAACAUUCCCCAAUGGUCCAGAACUGCAGAUCCGAGAGAUAAAAGAAGAAACGGAACCUGUAAGGAUCAAAGAGGAACAGGGGGAACCGGAACCGAUUCAACUUUUUAUCCUUCAGGAUGAAGGUCAGCUAUCGGUGAAGCAGGAGACCAGCAUCUCUAAGGUGGUUCCAGCUCAUCAGGACGUACUGCAUAAUAUAUCAGAACUGGAUCCGAUGAUGGGAAUGAAGGAGAAACUUAAAGAAGAACAACUGGAACCUGAGACGAUUAAAAAGGAACCAGGAGCUGUGAUGAUUGAUGAGGACGAGGAGCAUCUCUGCAGCGAUCAGGAUGAUGAUCAGAUUCUGGUGAAGAAGGAGACUGACAGCUUCAUGGUGACUCCUGCUUACGGUGGACCAGAACCAUGGCAGAUAAAGGAGGAAGGAGAACCUGUGAAGGUUAAAGAGGAAAAUGAUGAUGACGACCAGUUUGAGUUGAAGCAGGAGGCUGAGGAGCUGUUCAAAGGGAGUACUGAUUUGGCCGUUCAGCCGUGUCCGUCUGCAGGGUUCUGUAUGCCUUUAAUCCUUCCAGCUCCUCCAAACAAACACAGAAAAAAACCUUAUUCUUGUGACUUGUGUGAUAAAUCUUUUAGAAGCAGGGCUCUUCUGGUGCGUCACUAUCGGACUCACACUGGUGAGAAGCCUUUCAGUUGUGAGCGGUGCGGUAAAUCUUUUCGUCAAAAACAGCAUUUGACUGUUCACCUUAAAACUCACGCAGGUCACAAGGUUUUUCUCUGUGAUUGGUGUGAUGAAUCGUUUAGAGGUCGGGGGGAUUUGGCACGCCACAAGAAAACUCACAAAGGUGAGAGGCCAUAUACCUGUGACUUAUGCAACAAGUCCUUUGUGCAGCGUGCUACGUUGACUCGUCAUCUUGAAGUUCACGCAGAUGAGAAACCUUAUUCCUGUACAUUUUGUGCUAAAUCUUUUCAACAAAGCCUCAAUUUGACCCAUCACCUUAAAACUCACACCGGUGAAAAGACGUAUUCUUGUGAUUUGUGCAAUAAGUCUUUUAAGGACCUCAGUAAUUUGGCGUGCCACAGAAGAACUCACACAGGGGAGAAGCCGUACUCCUGCCAGUUGUGUGAGAAAUCUUUUCGACACAGUCAGACAUUGACGUCUCACCUCCGGACUCACACCGGUGAGAAGCCCUACAGCUGUGACUUAUGUGAUAAAUCCUACAGAUACAGCAGUAACUUGGCGAGUCACAGAAAAACCCACUUGGGCGAGAAGCCUUACUCUUGUGAGGUUUGUAAUAAGUCUUUUCGAAAAAGUCACGAUUUGACUCGUCAUGGUAGAACUCACACCGGGGAGAAGCCAUACUCUUGUGAUAUGUGCGAUAAAUCGUUUAGAGACCUCAGUAAUCUGGCCAGUCACAGAAGAACUCACACCGGGGAGAAACCGUAUCCUUGUAACAUGUGUGAAAAAUCUUUUAGAGACAGCAGUAACCUGGCUAGUCACAAGAGAACUCACAGAAACCAGAGGCAGUAUCCCUGUAAAUUGUGCGAGGAAACUUUCAUGCGUAGCGGUGAGUUGACUCGCCACCUUCAGACUCAUGCAGGUGGAAAGCCUUAUUCUUGUGACUUGUGUGAUAAAUCGUUUGGGCACAGCAGUAAUUUGGCUCGUCAUAGAAGAAGUCACAUGGAAGUAGUCCAAGUUAGUUCAAAAGGCAUAAAUUCAAAAAAAAAAAAUCGAGGUGUUUUCGCACAGCAGUUAAUGUCUGAAUUGCUGACAGUGAAAUUGAGCAAACCUCUGCAUGAUAAUUAGGGCUGGGUGAUAUGCCCUCAUAUUACUUUAAUUAAAUAUUAAAGUCUUGUACCCAUUAUAAUUUAAACAUUCAACAAUGUCUCAUUGAACAGGACAUCUUUGCACAUCUUUGAACUCAACGGUAUGGCUGUGCUAAGAUUUAAGAAUAACCUACUGCUUAAACUGAGCUACAGGUGAGAAUCUACCAGGAAUAGGCUCUCAUUGCAGGGGAGGCUGGCUGAACAUGUUAUGUGUGAAAUCCAAAGAUCCUCUGCUAAAUAUAGAUGUUCGAGUGCUGCCAGCGUAGGUCAGCCUGUCGGUGCUCAGAACGUCCAACACAUCAAAUUGGUCCAAGAAGGAAGCCUCUGCCACUAACUUCCUGGUUUAGAUGGACACUAAGAGCCUCUACGGUCUUCCUAUGGAGCAUUUGUUUUCGUUGAAAUGUCUCCAAAAUGUGUAAAAGGUCUGUAGAUGUUAUUUCUGCGGAAUAUUUUUAUCAACGGCUCUGAAAAAAUCAUCUGCAAUGAAGACCCUGUAGUGCAAACACCGGGCCCUUUGGUGGCAUUGUGACAAUGCCACAGAAUUACACCCAAACCAGGGACACAAACACUGGGCAGAGUGUUAUGUGAGGUAAAGUGGUAACAUGCAGCAACAGAGAGAGUUGGAGCAUUUAUAAAGAUGAUCCAGCUCUCAUGAACAGGCUGAAACAUGAAAGCAGAGUCAUCUGAUUUUUAUUAUUAUUUUAUCCACUUCCAAAACCCUGCAUUGUUUAAAUCCACAGAUUAAAAAAACUAUAUCUUUGUGAUUUAAUCUUUGUGUGGAUGGAGCCUCGGGCUGCUGGAGGACAUAGGGCUGCUGCAGCCUCGUUUCUGCUCCAUUCAGACUAUAAAUAGAUGAAGGAGCAAAAAUCUGCUGCAGCUGUCAGAGCUCUGCAUGGAUCUAUGUUCACGCCUUUGAUUACUUGUGCUUCCAUCUAACAGUAUAGAUGUGUAAAUAUGACAGCAGCACAAAAAACUCAUUAGAGCUUUUAUCUUCUGUUGUUUGAUCUCAAAGCAAUUCAUUGCAUAUACAAUAUAUUAACCACAAUAUGAAAAAAUAAAAUCUGCAAUCGCAAAGGGACUAGAGUUUUGUCACAUUACAUUUAAUGAGUCAGAUGCUGCCGUCCCAUUCCAGCCCUUUAGGUGCAGGUAAUACACUAUAAAUGGCCGUUGAAGCACCUGCAGGCGGGUUAGUGCAGCGUAAGAUCAAAAUUAAAUCUCACGUUCAUCAUCAUAAUUUUCCACUAAUCUGGGACUAGGGCAGAGACACUCAGAGGAUUGUGCAGCAGCCACAGGUUUUGGUGACUUUCUGCAGUCAUUUAAAUCACAAUUUUGAAAAAAAUUCAUUGAACUGUAAUAAUUUAUAAAAUAAAUGCUGAUCAGAAUCCUGUAUUGUUCAGUUGUGUUUAUAUCUAUUUUGUAACCUGCCGAGGGUCAACACACAAAUUAACGUAGAUCAUAUUCUCCAGUGCAUAAAAUUCCUUCUCCGGCUUGAAUGAUGAACACUCACUACUGUUCUUGGUAAAGAUUUAUACUCCCCACACUGCAGAGAUAUUGGAAUCUGUGCUUAAAUGUAAGCUAAACCCAUUUGCACAGGGACAGAUAAAACUUUUCAAUAAACCAAACAUUUCCUGCCACAUAUUUGACUUACUAAAGAUUUAAAACAAUGACUUUCAUUAAUGUUGGACGGAACUAUUCAUGUACUUGUAUUAUAAUAAACUGCACCUUCAAAUUUCACUAGUGUUUUGCACCAUUUUCCUUUUUCCUCUGAGCAUGAAGCAGCCGGCUUGCUUGGCCGUGCAAUGAUUCAGGUGAUAAUCAAAGCUAUAGAGGAUACAGCCGACCUGUCCUUCAAAACUGGCAAAAAGAACGCUGCAUUUGUCAGCUGCAUAACUAGUAGUCUUCUAAUAUGAACAGUCCAGCGCUGCGCUAUGAUGUAAUUGGCUGACAAAUCUGGCCUUCAGUGGACGCAGCUGCUGAAUUUGAAUACCCCAUCCAGGGGUUGACGUUAAGG